GCAGGGUCUGGAGGAGAGUCUGCGCAGAGUCGCAUGGUACCAGGCGCAGGAGCUGUCGACUGCGCAGUUGAUGAUGGAGGGGACAAGCGCACAGGGCUGUGUCGAAGGCAUCUCUACUUUCAUGCCUAAAGCUAUAGAUAAUGAGGUAUCCUCCUACCAGGAUUGUGCGGCUGACGUUCUUGCCCAGACUGCGUCGUGCAGCCGCCAAUCUAACAAGAGUAACUACCAACUACCAGAACGCUUACCACAGGGCUCUAACAGGCAUCGACAGCUGCGUCAAGACCUACCCCAAUAAGGACUCUCUUAGUAGGCUGAAGACUUGUGUGGAAGCGUGGAACAAGAAACUACUUCACUGUGGCAAACAAUACCAGGAGCUACAACGCCUUCGUCAGUCCGGCCAUGACGAUCUUCACUACAGCAGCAGAGUGCGCUCAAACUGCUGCGAAAAAUGUGGUCGCCAAGGGAUGGGAGUUCUUGCAGAAGCUAGUGCACUGUGCGAAGCUGAGCGAAAAUAUAGACGCGCAGGCGUAUGAGGAACAGGUGUCCACAGGAUACUCCAACUACUUGACCCAGAACGACCCUCACCUCUCAGGUCCAGCUAGCUCAGGCCCUCAACAGCCAACAAGUCAGCCAGAUAGAAGAGAAGAUGUUGUUCUACUACGAUCUGCAGAAGAGAGCCCUGGAGAGUUACGUCAUAGAGUCCAGAGGAUCCGGCCACUACUUGUCUCAAGUUGUCGGUUAUCUCUCAGGAUACUACUCCACCAUCGCGGCCACAUCCAGUGACAACCCGGGCGAGGUUCACUGUUCCACCUCAGCUUACUCGGCUCUUAGUGCCGUUGCGAAUACUGGUUCAUCAGCAGCCUUGGCGUGCGGACCGGAAUAUCGUCGGAGGACACCAAAUAUCGUCUCUCCAAAGUUAACAACGAA